AUGUAAUUGCCAACUCGUAUCAUUGAUGGUCUUUACCUUGGAGAUUAGGGUGCAGCCCAUGUAAAUGUGAUCUAAAACAUGAGGAUUUAGAGUUCUUGGUGACAAACAAGAUAACCAAGAUAAUUAAUUGUGCUGCCAAACAUAUUCCUAAUCAUUGGGAAUCCAUCGGCAUAGAAUAUUUGUCUUAUUAGUGGUUAGAAAGUGAAACACAAUUUACAUUUGACCAUUCCCGCUGUUUCGCCUUUAUUAAUGAUGCCCUUGAAGAAGGAGAAGCUGUUUUAGUUCAUUCUAUUAGAGCAUUAAAUCGCUCAGUUUUUGUAGUUGUUGUAUUUUUAAUGCGCAAGUAUACACUCUAAAUUUUACUCCUAGAUUUAAAUGGACAUUAUAAAAGACUUUACAAUAUAUACACAAUCUAAAAAACGAUUUCGAAAUUAAAUCUAAUGUUUUUCAAUAACUACUCAAUUAUGAAAAGUGGCUUCAUGUCUCAAAGCUUAGUUAAAAUUGGGAUAUUGCCCAUAAUGAGGAUGAGAUAUUAGCAAGAAACACAUAUCUAAAUAGUUAACGUACCUAUUCAAAUGAGUCUAAGAGAAAGAAAGAAAUUGGUCUUAAAAAAGUUUAAUGGAAAUAAAACCUAGUGUCUUAAUUCAUUCCACCUUAUUAUUAAAUGUAAAUAUUUUUGAACUAUUAAAUGAAAGUGAAUUCAAAAAAUUUAGCACUCCAUAACCUAAAAUGCAAUAUUCAUAUAUGCCUAUCAAAUUGAGAAUUUAACCCUCUGAUAAUAAUUGGAUGAAUAAAAAAUAUACUUUAAAUUAAAUUGUUGAUGAAUAAUUAUAAAGAAAAUUGAAUCUAUUUAGUAUAAAAUCAGAUAGAUAAUCAAUAAAACCACUUCCUAGACCAGGUACAGCACCUUCGAAUAGAUUGCUAAAAGGUAAAGUCCUAACAUCAUCUCAUAGACAAUUAGUUAAAUAAUAUUGA